AUGGCACCCGCAGCAACAGGAGGCAAGAAGCAGAAGAAGAAGUGGUCCAAGGGAAAGGUGAAGGACAAGGCUGUCCACGCCGUCAUCCUCGAUAAGAACACCUCGGAGAAACUGAACAAAGACGUCCAAUCCUACCGCCUGAUCACCGUCGCCGUGCUGGUCGACAGACUGAAGAUCAAUGGCUCGCUUGCACGAAGAGCGCUGAAUGAUUUGGAGGAGAGGGGUGUGAUCAAGAAGGUCGUUGCGCAUAGUGCUGGCAACAUCUACACACGCGCUGUUGGCGGUGGAGACUAG